AUGCACAUCGGUUUAUCACACCUGUACCAAUCCCCGUUAGUUCUAAGCCUCUUUUUAUCAAACACUUCCCUAGACUAUCGUCAUCACGCAUUACUCCUUCGCCUCCCACUAACGGUGCAGUCACCUAUCCGGUAG